AAUCGCAGCGAGUUAACAAUGGCUCCCAACUGGCUAACAAACCAAUAUUUCCAGCCAUGGCUGCAAAAGUACUACAAGGACGAAGGUCUCAAGGUUCUCAAGAUCUGGGCCAAGCCGGUCGGUGGAAAGGGCGAGAACUUUUUCGGCGUGGUGAUACGCAUCUAUGUGGACUAUCAACAAGGGGAUGGAGUGACGAAGAAUCAGUCAUACAUCCUCAAACAGGCGCUGUCCCCGGUGGAGUAUGGUCUGUUCCAGCGGGAAAUGAACAUGUACGAAUUUAUCCUGCCCAAGCUGAAUGAGAUCCUUCAGGAAGCAGGACUAAAUGAGAAACUCACACCCGACGCCGUCGUAGUUGAUCGUGAACGCAACUCUAUAAUCCUGGAGGACUUGGUCCCACUCAAGUACAUAAAUCACAAGGAUCGUGUGAAUCUGUUGGGUAUGCAUCACGCCAAGGUGACUGUGGAAAUGCUGGCCAGGUUUCAUGCCGCUGGAGUUGUUCUAAAUCAACGUCAUCCCGAGCUCCUGGCUAAAUGCUUCUCUCCCAGCGACAAGAAGGCCUUUACCGAGGUUUACACGGGCUUGUAUCGAGCAUUUAUGCGUUUUAUUAAUACUCAACCGCAAUUGAAAAAAGCAUACGGCGUAAAGCUGGAGAAGUUGGGUCCUCACAUCGUGGAGUACGGUGCUCGAAUUAACGACGUGACUGCACAGGAUUUGCAGACCCUGAUUCAUGGCCAAUGUUGGAUAACAAAUAUGAUGUAUCAAUACGACCACGAGGGAACCCCAAUACAUGUUGUCGGUUUCGACUUCCAGUUAAGUAAUAUUACAUCGCCGGCCAUCGAUUUGCAUUAUUUUUUUACAACUUCGCUGAAGGACGAAGUGAAAGAGGAGGAAGCUGAACUCGUAGAAUUCCAUUAUACAGCCUUAAAAGAAAACUUGCAGAAACUGGCCUAUAAAGGAUCCUUUCCCAGCCUCCAGGAGUACAAGGCAGAGUUCGAGCGACGCCGAUUUAAGAGUUUGCUGGCUAACUUAUUUAAGCCAUGUAUGACGUACAAUGGAACUGAAGAUAUUUCGGACUUUUCGGACCUUUAUUCUGACACCCCCAAGGGCAGACAAGUUCAGAACGCUGUGUACACCAACGAAGUAUACCAGCAAAGCGUUCCUAAAUUGUUGGCCCUACUGGAUUCAAAGGGUGUUUUGGAUCUUCAUUAAAAAAAAAAAAAAUAAUUUUGUAUAGUUAAAUGAUGUUGAAAUGUAAAAAUGCUUGCCUUGAAGUUUGUACUCUUCUAAAAAAAACAUGUGACUCUUGUUCGAAUAGGACACAAAAUACUCUAAAUACUUACAGAUUAUAUUAUUGUAGCAAACAAGCGUUAUUCAUUGACAGAAAACUGGCAUAGUAUAUUUAAAAAUGUGUCCUGGUCUAGCUCUAAUACAGAACAAGGUGACCGAUAAGGUCUUCGUUUUGUUUUUAGAAUAAACGUGAAGGAAACGUGAAAAAUUAUACUAA